GCGUGCUGCGCUUGCAUGUCUGACUUCUUGGUUGCCCUGCCUGCCUGCCUGCCUGGUGUGUGUAAACUUGACCUCGUCUGCUGUCACAGAUAAUCUAAAACGAGAGAGUGUCCGAAGUCCAUUCUGGAACGCCUUUUCUCUUUCUUUUAUUUACAAAUGAACGCUUUCUUAGAAUUCUACGUCUAGAUCUAGCUCUGCCUUUAGCAUUUGAACAAGUGAAGGUGGGCGUGGUCUGAGUGAGAAGCGUUCGGGGCAGAUCUUUGUCGUUAGUUAGAUGACAAAUACGUUGCCGAGUGUUAAAAAGUUAGUGUAAUCUUGCCUGCCAAGGCUACCGUUAGUGUUCGAGUGUGAAUCGAACUCGGGGCUAGAUAUGUUUCAUAACAUAACAAUCUAAUGUGUCGAUGUCUACUGAGACAUUAUCGGACAAAAGUCACUCAUAAAACUGUGGGGUAGAUCUUGCGACCUCAGUAGUCACAGCUGGUGCACGGUUGCGCUUGACAUCUGUCAUCGGUACACAGACUUGCACUGGACUGGAUUAGAUCAACAGAAGACCAUCGAUUUCAGUGCUGAUUCAGACAUCACAUCCAUCAACAACUUCCCAAGUUCCAGAUCAUCAUGGCAGUCUCAGAUGAAACAUUACGUGACGGUGUUCGCCAGAACAUGAGCGCAUGGAUCCACAAGCUUGAGUGUGGCGGGGACAUCGAGAAGCAGCACAACUUCAAAAAGAAGUUCAUACAACGUCUCAGAACGUCACCCAUAGCAACAGACACAGACAAAGCCAACGAGCAGCACUAUGAAGUUCCGACUGAGUUCUUCCUUACGGUUUUGGGAAAACGACUCAAGUACAGCGGAUGUAUUUUCUCAAAUCCUGGCACAACAUUGGAUGAAGCGGAAGAGUUCACCCUCCAGCAGUACUGUGAGAGAGCGAAGGUUGAAGAUGGGCAUGAUGUCAUGGACCUUGGCUGUGGUUGGGGUUCAUUUGGUCUUUACGUGCUUGAAAAGUACCCUAAGUGCAAGGUGACAUGCGUCUCCAACUCAAACACACAACGUGCACACAUUGUUAGGAGGGCGGAGGAAAUGGGAGUGGUCAACCGUCUGGAGGCCAUUACUGCUGAUGCUAACACCUUCACUACAGGGAACCGCUAUGACCGGAUUGUGUCGAUUGAGAUGUUUGAGCACAUGAAGAACUAUGAGAGCCUGUUCCAGCGAGUGUCCUCGUGGCUCAAGCCUAGCGGCCUGCUCUUCCUGCAGGUCCUCUGCCACAAGAGCUUCCCCUAUGCCUUCGACACCAAGCCGGGCUCGGACACAGAGUGGAUGGCCAAGAACUUUUUCACAGGGGGAACCAUGCCCUCUGUAGAUCUCUUCCUUUACUUUCAGAGAGAUGUGACGCUCCUGGAGUCCUGGAUCAUCAACGGCCAGAACUACAGCCGCACCUUGGAGGCGUGGCUGGAGAAGAUGGACGCCAACAAGGACAAAGUGGCCGCCAUUUUUGAGAAAGCUUACGGGAGCAAGGAACUUGAGCAGAAAGUGUUUGAUUGGAGACUGUUUUUCAUUUUCUGCUCUGAAGUUUUUGGAUUUAAGAAAGGGAAUGAGUGGCAUGUAUCGUAUCAUUUAUUUCAGAAAAAAAAUAUGAGCUACCUUUGAAAGUAGAGUAGAUAUGGAAUAAAAGUUGAAUACUUAAUAACAGAAACAUUUUUUUCCAGGUUUUGCUUGUGCUUUCUAGAUUUUGGAUUUUAUCUUGGUCAGAGUGACAGAAUGAAGUGAAGUGAAGCUGUGCCAUCUGCUGUGCUAAUGUCUACACAUAUUAUGUUUGUUUUGUUUUGAUCGACUGAAGUGUAUGAGGGACAUCCCCAUAGAAUAGACUGGUGUCAGCGUAUUCAGAGAAACUAAAACAGUAUUCAAACUUCCCAAAACACAUUCAACAUUUCCUUGAAUGAAAGGGUUUGCUUUCUUUCCGUGAACUUAUUAUGCAGGUCCAUGGAGUCUUUCUUUUUACUUGAGUAGUAUUUUGAGGAAUUUUCAUGUCAAUUCCAUUUUUUACAGUUAUAUUUUUUUGAUGAUUCUACAACAUGAUUAAUAAAACUUUCUGGGCCGGUAUGUGUUUUGCCUGAAAGAGUUUUAAAAAUUUAUUUGAGUAAUCAAAUGCAUUUGAAGAAUGAUAUAAAUGGCAUAAUGUUUUUGAAAUGUUACUGUUUGUUGAAUGUGGCUAAGACAAAAGUUGUGGCUUUGAAAAUUUACUGGUGUGCUUGUUUUAUCUCCAAGGUGAAAGCUUUGUUUCCAGUUUUUGUGCCGUUUCUCAUUUCUGUACUGUUGUAGUGUAAAGACCCAUCGUGGAUGGCGUUAAAGAGGCCAGUUAUGUAUUAUCUUUCGCACCGACUCCUGUACAAUACAGCCCUAGGCAUUUUACAAUAUCUUCAUCUCAUCACGCAGUACAAGUGAAUGAACAUUCGUACAUACACUCUUAACAUUAACACAUAAGCAGACAUUUCUACUACUAUCACAGCACAAUCAAUAAUGAUAUGCAUGUCCCAUUAUGAACAUAAGAGUAUUAUGAAUGAGUAGGACUAGCUAUCAAGAUCGCAUGUCAUUUGAUGUACAUCUCUGGCUGGGACGAUAGGCCAAUGUGACCAGGACUGUGUGAAUGAACUCUUCAUAAGAGUGAUACACACAGCUAGUCGGUGUGAGUGGGUGAUGGGUGCUUUGGUGUGGUUUGCUCCUUCUUCCCUGUCAAAACACCUAUCCUUAUCUCUCCUCCCUUCUUUUUUCAUUUUUGUUACUCUUUUGUAACACCUCUAAUCUUCAGCACUUCUAUGACAUAAUGAUAAUUGUGUUUCAUUGAAAGUGCUGUAAAUCUCUUACUAAAACUAAAGCCAGUGAGUUUCCUCCAGCCUACAAAGUGUUAAGUCUCUAUGCUCUUAAACUGGCUUAUUGUGCCACCUUGUGAAGCUCUGGUAGGUCUCAGCGCAGCACGUAAAUAUGACCUAAUUGUGUUGCAAGAGCCUUUGAAGCGGUUUGGUACUUCGCUGUCUCAUGCAGGAGACCCAAGUUUGAUUCCUGAGUGCAGAGCAAUUAUUCUUAUCGAUUAUCUAGGUCUUUUUCUGCUAGGAUGUUGUAUUCCUCUUAAGCAUGGCUGCUCCUAAUACUAAUUGAUCUAAAUUGUGUCAAUGGGAGCAUAAAACACCUUCCAGUUUAACCUUCAUAAUAUAUAUAUAUGUGUUAUAUUAUAUUUUUGGUGUAUAAUAAUAUAUAUAUAUAUAUAUAUAUAUAUAUAUAUAUACACUCUCAAACUUUUCCUUGUUGACCUCCUGUUGUCGAGAAGAAAAGAGAUUGUCUGAGGCAGGGGGGCAUCUUGGACAAUAUUAGCAUUGUUACAAGUGUGCCGUUUUAUUCAAUGUGAUGAAGGAAAUAGAAGGUGAUGAUUAUUUUGUAAGGAUCAUUGUCAUAAACAGGUGGUCUUUAGAACAUGUAUGACUGUACAUUUUGCAUUUAAUAUAAAGAAGUAAACAAACUACAAAGAUGGCGAUUACUGCAAUGGGUCUAUACUCUAAUUCUAGUUCAAACGGUGAUUUUGUUGAUGAAACCUCGAUAAUCUUUUUUUAUGCCCCAAUCUUUUUCUUUUUUUUUUUUCCAAUAUCAUGACAGUUACUAUAUAUCUUUAUAUCUUUAUUGUUUGAUUUUUAUGAAAAGUGUUCAUAAACAGACCAAUUCAAACAUGAUCUCUUUUUUUACCAGGUUUUUGUUGUACGAAUUCUUGGAAAGAUGAAUAAAAAGAAUCUUGCUCAUUCACA